AUGGCCAUCAUCUUUGAAGACAUUCCAACUAAGAAAGGCCACAAGAAGGAUGGCCCACUCAGCGACGCCGUCCUCGUCAAGAUCCUCUUCCGCCUUCCCCUCGAUACCCUCUGCCGCUUCCGCUGCGCCUCCAAGGCCUUCCGAGACCUCAUCGCCGGCCCCGCCUUCCAAAGCGCCAUGUUCCUCCCCACCGUCCAUGGCCUCCUCCUCCGCACCGCCGCCGCCAGCGGCGGCUACCGGUACAUCCCCACCAACCCCGGCCACAUCAUUCACGCCCUCUUGGCCUCCUCCCUCCUCGCCAUCCCCGGCCACCCGGCCGACAUCGACGUCCUCGACAGCUGCCACGGCCUCCUCCUCUACCGCACCUUCUCCCACCCCGACCUCUACAACGUCUACAACGUCACCACGCGCCAGCACCUCGUCCUCCCACUCCCCUUCCUCGUCGCUGGCCUCGACGUCGCCGGCAUAGCCUUCGACCCCCGCCGCUCGCGGCACUUCAAGGUAGUCCUCAUCUCCAAGCCAGCCUUCAAGUCUCGCCGGGCCUUCGAGGUCUACUCGUCGGAGCGGGGGAGCUGGUUCAAGCCCCGGGUGCCCGUCGAGCUCGUCGACGGCCUCCCGGUCCUUCCACCAAAGAAGCCGGUCUUCGUCGCCGGCAAGCUGCACUUCGAAGCGCUGCAGGGGAAGCUGCUGAGGUUCGAUUUCAAGAAGGAGAUCUUCGACGUGCUGCCGCUGCACCGGGACUGCGUGGUGGACGCAGCCUGGCGAAGAUUCGGGGAUUGCGGGGGCAGCCUAUACCAUGCGGAGUACGAUUGCAGCAGACUUCGGCUGAGGGUGUGGAGGCUGGACGUGCACGAGAGGUGGGUGCCGACGUACAGUGCAGUCUUCCCGCCGUGGUGCACCAUCAAGGCGUUCCACCCGGCCGUAGAGGGGUAUGUCAUCCUGAGUAGCUUCGACGGGAUAUAUUGGUGCCAUCUUUGCACGCCGUUCGUAGCGGCGGGGAUUUGCAGAUUUGCGCAUGAGAAUGAAUCGCGGAAGGUGGGGGAGGUGUUCCUGAUAAUGCCCAACUUCCUCUACUCCUUCCCAGGGCCAGACCGGUGGUGGUGCUUCUCUCCUAAAAGCUAA